AUGGAUCUUUUGCGAUUUUUAGAGCACCCAUCAUUUCUACUAUUCAGACGAUUUUCUCAUGCAAAUAUUGAUCGCUCUCUCAAUAGACGUCGAAAGCUUCUGAAACAAUCUCAUUGAUGAAAAAACUAUUCUCCGGAAAGCACUUCAACAGUAAAAUGAACGACGCUUUCCCAUCAUGGUGUGAUUUUCCCUCCUCCUUAUAGUCCUCAUAAAAUUCCAAUAAUUUAUGAAGGAAAUCCUAUUAUACUUAAGCCUCAUCAAGAAGAGGCAGCUACACUUUGAGCUUCUGUAAUAGGAACCCAAUGAGAAACCAAAGAAACUUUUCGAAAAAAUUUCGAAAGAUCAUUUCUUGAAACAUUGGGGAAAAGACACAAAAUAAAGUCACUUGAUAAAUGCGAUUUCUCUCAGAUUGUGGAAUAUUUAGAAAAGGAAAAAGAAAAUAAGAAAAAUAGAACAGCUGAAGAAAAAAGAGCUGAAAAAGAAGAGAAACUAGCACUUUAUAAGAAAAAAGGAUAUGCAGUAGUAGAUGGGGUUAAAGAAAAAAUACUGAAUUUUGUUGUAGAACCUCCAGGAUUGUUUAGAGGAAGAGGAGAUCAUCCAAAAGCGGGGCUAAUUAAAAGAAGAAUUAUGCCUGAAGAUGUAACAAUUAAUAUUGGAGAAGAUAGCAAAAUUCCUAGCCCUCCAUACUUUAAGAGCGAGCAAAACCAUUGUAAAAUCCCUAUUACGGAAAAUUAGCUCUUUUUAAGAGGAGUAAAAAUUUUUUUCUAAUACAAUUUGUUUUAUAUAAAAUAUUUUAAUUUUAAAUAGUUAAACUCUCUUCAUAAUUAUAUUUUUAUACUUGAUAAUUUUUAAAUAUUUCAAUAUUUUUAUCAAUAAUUUCAAAUAAUUUAAUAUGAUCAAUUAUUCCUUCAAUUUUUCUAAUCCAAAAUAUAAAAUAUUUUUAUAUAAAGUUAUUUCUAUAACGAGAUUUCGAGCUAGUUAUACUUAAACUUACAAUUUACAUUCUUAAACAUAGAUUUUAUAAAUUAAUUAGAUUUUUCGUUUCAAAUGUUUGCAAAUUUGGAAUUAAAAUAUAGGACAAAAUUUUUAUAUAUAAUUUAAUAUGAAAAAUAAAUUAUCUCUUUUAAAACAAAAAUCUUUCUCACUUUUAAAGGGGAGUAAAUGCCCUGUGAGAGGUCAUAAGUGAGGAAAUAUUGUUCACAAUCAUACAGUUACAUGGCUUGCGUAUUAUAAAGAUCCAAUUUUGCCAAAUAGUUUUAAAUAUGUAUGGCUUGCUGCUACAUCUAAAAUGAAAGGACUUAAUGAUAUGCUGAAAUAUGAAAAAGCAAGAAAACUUAAAGAAUUUAUCGAUAAAGCUCGAGAAAGUUAUUGAUCUAAAAUCAAAUCAAGAAUUUUACUCGAUCGGCAAUUAGGAUCUGCUUUAUAUUUAAUAGAUAAAUUAGCAUUGAGGGUGGGAAAUGAAAAAUCUAAUGAAGAAGCUGAUACUGUUGGAUGCUGCUCACUUAGAGUUGAGCAUAUUAAAUUUGAAGAAGAUAACAAAAUCACACUUGAUUUUUUAGCGAAAGAUUGUAUGAGAUAUUAUAACACAAUACAAAUUGAUCCGGAAGUUUAUAAGAACUUGCAAGAUUUCACCAAAAAUAAGGACCUUGAUGAUGAUUUAUUUGAUUUAAUUAGAUCAAAUACACUCAAUGAUUACUUGAAAAGUUUAAUGGAAGGAUUAUCAUCCAAAGUGUUUAGAACGUUUAAUGCAUCAAUAAGGCUGCAGGAGCAAUUAGCAAUUUUCAAUGAAAAAAAUUUGCAAUUGGAGGAUAAAAUGCAAUUUUUUAUUAAAGCAAACAAAGAAGUAGCAUUGCUAUGCAAUCACCAAAAAACAGUUCCAAAAAACUUUGAUAAUCAAUUGGAAAGAAUUAAUUCACAAAUUACAAAGAAAAAGAGCAAAAUAGAAAACCUGGAAAACCAUGCAAAAGAGUUGAGGAAGAAGAAAAGACUGGCAAAAUCAGAAAAUGUGAAAAAAAGAAUUACAACAAAUAUUAAAAAUACAAAGAAAAUGAUUGAGAAGGUAAAGGAUGAUAUUGAGAAGUUGGAGACUAGAAUAGAAAUGAAAGAAGAUACGAAAAAUAUUGCUUUAGAGACCUCGAAGAUAAAUUAUAUAGAUCCGAGAAUAGUAGUAUCGUGAUGCAAGAAAAAUAAAGUUCCACUCGAUAAAGUAUAUAGCAAGUCUCUUACUCCAUCCCUCCAUGAGUGAGCAAAAUAAAUUGGUCGUUAUGGGUUUUAAUUUUUUUUUCCCUAAAUUUAUAAAAAUCCAAUUUUUCGAAAAUUGGAAAGCUAAAAUUUAUGUUUUAAAAUGCAAGCUGUUUUAAGUUCAACAAUUUUUAUUAUAAUAGCUAUUAUUUAUAUAAUCAAAAUUUUUAUAAAAAAAAAUUAAUAUUGAAAAGAUUUUUUAUUCGUACACACAUAGAGGGUGGGUUUUUACCCAAAAAAGGGAUAUUUCAAAUGGCUUUGUUAACUCACGGAGGCAGGGGGGAAGUUAAAGAAAAGUUUAAAUGGGCAAUGAACACAGAACCAGACUGGGUAUUUUAA